UACCGACGACCCGAAGAAGUACCUGGAGUUGAGUGAAAGCUGGAAAGGAGGAAGAGCAAAUGCUUCUCUUUAUAAUUGGGCAUUCUUGUUGGUGAUCUGGAUCAUGACGCCGUACUUCAAGAAAAUCUUCAGCAGGAAGUUUGGGAUAAAGAUGGACCAGAAGACUGUUUGUGCGGAUUUGGGGAUCGAGGACGAUAGUAAGUUAUGAUACGCUAGGUAGGGUAUGAAUCAUCUGUUGCGCUUCUCUACCCUUUUCGACUUAUAACCGUGCACAAUAACGACACAGACUCUAGCAACGCAAGAAGCUACAAACUUCGAAAUGUGCAUGAAUACCGUGCAACGUUACACAAACUGCAGCCAUGUCACUUACAAAACCGUCAAAUGUCCAGAGUCUGAGCGAGGAGAGUGUAUAAAGGACAGGUGGACUCAAGAUGGACCAUCGGCAACCCUUUUUGGCCUUUGUGACUAUUGCGCUGGGAAGUCGCCUUACCCACCCAAGCGCCCUCCAAUCAAAUUCAAAUUCAGCUCCGACAGUCCAACCUUAUAUGAGACCUCGAAAGCUGGAAACUCGUCGAGAGGUGGAACUGUAUUCAAAGCGGAGACCAAGAAAGCUGAGGCCUUAUCGAGAGCCAGAACUGUCUCCAAAUCUCGGAGCAGAGACUUGACGAGUCCGACGCCAGCCUCCAAGAGAACGAGUGGAGGUACAGACAAAAAAGAGAAGAGAGUGUCGGCAAGCAGUCAGUACAGCGAUGAUGGAGGCUUUGGUGCAAAGAUCAAAGGUCUCCUUGGGAGAGGUCUUGAAAGGGUUAACACUAUUGGACGGAAGGAGAAACGCAAGGACUUGAAGAUUGAGACAAGUGCGCCGAGUCGGAGAAGUGAGGGAAGUGAAAGGAAAAUGUCUGCCACUUCUCCUGGCUUGAUAUCCCCGAGGACCAUAAUGCCUGAUGCAAAUGGGUAUUAUCAUUCUCCGAAAGCGAUGGGACACAUUGGACUGAGCCCUGCGUCACCGGUUGUAGGGAUCCAGAAGAGUUUCAGUGAUCCUAUCGAGGAAGGCAGAAUGAGCGGAUCAUCUGGUUCCAGAGGGGUAGAGAAACCUAGGGCUUCGGCGCCAGAAUUGGGUAUGGAUGGAAGCGGAAGUGGUAGGAGACAUGCUCCAGAUCCUGACAAUAGUGUAUCUUGGGAGGGGAGAUGGAGAGAUGGUAGAGAACCAGCUGAACCGUGGGGACAAGGACGGGGGCAAAAUCAGUACCCACCUGCGAAUUCGCCCCUAUCCCCGCUCAACCCUAGAAACAGUGAAUCUCGCAGAUAUCAACCUGGUCAUAGACAGAAUUCGAGGAGCGAUGGGACAGUGGUCGAAGGGCAUCCAGUUGUAAUCGCGCCUGACUCCAGGCCACGUUUGCAAGACUCAAGCACUGCGAAUAGAAGGGAGAAUCGAAGGGAGAAUCGGGGAGGUGGGCGUGAGUUACCAGCACCUCCACUCUACUCAGAAGAGGAUGGAGAACACUUAUUUAUCCUCGAGAGAAGUCAGUCAAACUUUGAGAAAAAACAUCAUGAGAAACAGCAACGAGAGACAGACUGGGUUUCCCCAGCAAAAUUGGAAAGGUCAAAGACAGACGACUAUCGAUUACAGGAACAUACCAGCCGCUAUCAAUCACGGCGAGUCAGCUUUGAAGAGGACGAUGACCGACCUCAACCCCUAAGACUCUCACGGCAGAAACCUCCAACUGCUCCCGUCAUCCUAGAGGAAGAGGAAGAAUCUUCAAUGGAAUAUGAUGCUCGGGACGAUGACAAAGGCUCCUGGGUCUCUGAUCUACAAGAAGAAGAAUCAGAAGAAGAAACCCAAGAGGAAACCCAAGAGGAAACCCAAGAGGAACCACAAGAGGAACCUCAAGAAGACUCACAAAAACCACCACCAAAACCACCCUGGGAGAAGUGCGGCAUUGACUAUCCCGAAGAGCACUGUGUCUCAUUGGACCAUAUCCAGAAGAUUGGGACAACUCUGUCUGGAUCUAAGAUUUUCGGUGCAACCAAUACAAAGGACACGAGGUGGUCUUCCACAACGACAAUAAACGCAGAGCAACAACUCAACCCUCCUAAGGGAAUUGAGAAGGAGAAGAAGCCUUUGAGAGGGAAAGCUGUCACCCCGGCCGGAGGUGGGGAUGUCCGUCAAUAUGAAAAGGGGGGUAAGCGACACUCCCCAAGUCCGCUGCAGCAGGUAGACAUAAUAGAUGAGGUCCCAUCUCAUGACGAAGUUCGGCUGGAGACGGGUCCUCGUAUUGAUAAGGUUGCUGUGAAUACUCUCCGCGUCAUGCAAGGGAGAAAGGUGCCAUUGGUGAAGAGGAAAACUCCUCAGCAGUUGAGUACUUCAGAAGCUUUGCAGAGAGCUAAUGAAAGGUUGCGGGGAGUCAGGGAUGGUCGUGGAUACCAGAACUAUAAUCUAGUCUGAUGAUCUUCAUCGUAGAGUUAGCUUCGUAGAAACAUACCUAUUGUACAUGGGAUUCUAGAGAUAAGUUGGUGA